UUUCCCCUAAAAAAGAAGCACCCCUCGUGCGCAAACGUCAAAAUCGAACAAAUAGAGUUUGGCCUGUGCAGUCGUCGUUCCAACGUUGCGACCGGACGUCAUAAUAAAGGAGGAAAUACCAGUGGAGAAAAUAAUAAUAGAAAUAAUUGAAGAUGUUUUGCUUUCCUGUUGGUGUUAAUUCGAUUUCCCUACGCCGAUUUCAUCCGCAAUUGGACAUUUGAAUUGCCAUUUUGUGAUAAUCAGGUUUAUGGUAAUUAGUGAAUUAAUUUGUGGACCGAUGAUUGUUAAAUCACGGGUGAGGUACACUCUGAGGGAAGUGAGGCGGCGAGACAGGCCGCCCUUUUAAAUUCCCGUGAGUAAUGAGCAUGACGCUUGAGGACCCAUUCUUUGUCGUCAAAGACGAGGUAUGCAAAGCACUGAACAAGACGCGAGGUUUGUACGGACGCUGGAGUGAUUCCCAAGUGAAUAUAUCAGCAUUGACACCGAUUGGAUUGGUACCUGGAGGACUUCCGGUGUCUAAAGAGGAACUUGAGUGGACCACGACUGAGCUGAGAAAUGCGUUACGAUCAAUCGAAUGGGACCUCGAGGACCUAGAGGACACUAUUUGUAUUGUAGAGAAGAAUCCUACAAAGUUUAAAAUCGACAACAAAGAACUUACUUAUCGCAGAGCGUUCAUUGAUCAGACUCGCGACGAGGUCAAGAUUAUGAAAGAUAAGAUGAAUCUGAGCCGAGGACGAGACCGGGACCGCACAGCUCGCGAGCCGUUGCUGGAUAACAGUCCAGCUCGACCUCCUGUCAAUCAUGGCACGACCAAAUACAGCAAACUGGAGAAUGAAGUUGACAGUCCCAGUAGACAAUUCCUCGAUGAGACGAUGCAGCAGCAGGGGAUCAUGAUGAGGCAACAGGAUGAUCAGUUAGAGAUGAUUGGAGAAAGUAUUGGUACCUUGAAGACUGUUUCACGACAAAUUAACUCGGAGCUCGAUGAACAAGCUGUAAUGCUCGAUGAUUUUGGAAAUGAACUCGAAGUGACGGACUCAAAGCUCGAUGUAACAAUGAAAAAAAUGGCUAAGGUCCUCCACAUGAGCAAUGGUAACUAUAGUAAUUACAUUCCAGCUCCUACCAAUUCCGUACCCAAUGUAUCUGUUUAUCCCCAAAAAACUUCUCCACUCUCCACCCUCUCAACAACAAUAACCAAUUGUUUCAUGUGCUCUGCCGACUAAAACACUUCCAUGUUAACCCACACAUUAUUAUUUAAACAACCCAAACGAUACUGGACAAAAAAAUGCCAAAGAAUGCAAUGCAAUUGUGCCACAGAUAAAUCUUCUAUCAGAAAAUAACUCAAGGGAAAUAUCCGAUACUCCACCUCCUUCGCUUUGUUAUUAACAAUUACUCAAAGAAGAUAUUAUAAUAUCAAUUAAUAUGAAGCAGGAAGAAGUCGUUAUUUUUCGGGUGAAAACUCAUAGACCGCCUAUUUAUCGAUUCACGUUUAUAGUUGAUAUUUGAAUGAGAAAAAAAAAACAUUUUGUAAGAUUUUAAUGGGAAACAAAACGAUUGAUUCAGUCAUAAUUUAAAAACUGGCUGAUAUAUUGAACCAAUGGAAAUGUUAUUGAUGGUUGUCGAUGAUUGUUUGGAACCUGAUUUAUCCUAGAUCAAACUGUCCUCCACAUGACUAGUCAAACUAGGUAUGGGCUUAAACGUUGAAUAUUAUAGAACUAAAGAUUAAGAUGAAUUCGUUGAUAGAGUGAUUCGUAUCAAAAUUUUAUGUCAAUUUUGUGAUUCUAAUGUGUAAUCUAUGAGGAAGUUUAGAUUGUUUAGACGAUAUUUAUUCGAGGGAACAGUUGUUGAUGUUUCGAUUGAAACUAAACAGAAUUAACGAAUGCAUGGUAACAAAGAGAAAAAAAAACCUAGAUAAAUAACUAUUAAAGAUAGAGCCAAAUGUAAGGCCAACAUAUGUACCUCAUGUAGAAGCAAAAUUAGAUGUUGUAUCUUUGUUUAGUUGAUUUUAAUCCACACAAAACAGAUUGGAUGAAGGAGAUCCAGACUAACUUGUUAUUCAAAUGUAGAACUCAAACCAAAAGAUAAAGAAAAUCAAUGAUUUGACAUGAAGUAUACAAUAAAUUAACUUGAGAGAAA